UCCACAGCCUUGCAUCUCCACCAAGUGAAAUCUUGUCUGCUGCAAGCAAGAAGACUACAUCUCUUACGCCUCUCUCAAUGACCUUGGUCACUUAUAUUUAUAUUACACUCCCUUGAUGUUUUACAGGAUGUCUCUAUGGAUACAGGAAUAAACACAAGAUAAUAGCCCUACAGUCUUUAAAGCAGCAUUUCAUUCUACAGGCCAGGCGGGGAGAGGAGGCGUCUAUAGCAGAACAGAGGGAAUCAGGAGAACCACAAUGGCUAAAAACUCAGAUAUUGCUUCUCUAGAAGAAAGUUUUAAGAAGUUUGCAAUCUAUGGAGAUACAAAAGCUACAGGUCAAGAAAUGACAGGAAAAAACUGGGCCAAACUUUGUAAAGAGUGCAAAGUUAUUGAUGGAAAAACUGUGACUGGCACCGAUGUUGACAUUGUAUUCUCUAAAGUAAAACAAAAGUCGGCCAGAGUCAUUACCUAUGAAGAAUUUCAGAAGGCACUGGAAGAGCUUUCAUCAAAGAAAUUCAAAGGAAAAAGUAAAGAGGAAGCCUACGAGUCAAUCUGUAAACUUGUGGCCGGGAAAGAACCCACAAGCAUGGGAGUUACGAAAGCUACAUCAGCCGGAGCUGUGGAACGGCUUACAGACACAACCAAAUACACAGGAUCCCACAAGGAACGCUUCGAUGAUAGUGGGAAAGGAAAGGGUAAAGGUGGCCGGGAGAACCUUGUGGAAAACACUGGCUAUGUAGGUGCAUACAAACAUGCUGGCACUUAUGAGUCCAAGGUAAAGAAAGAAGAUAGUGACAAGUGAACGAUUUGUGAAGUGCAAAUAUACCUACCCUUUUUUUGCUAAUUCCAAAAACAAGAUUUUUUUUUUGAUGACAUCAUACACGUUUCUACAAUGGUUAAUAGGGUUUGAGGUAUAUGCAUUGGUGUUUCUGAGUAGCAUAUUAUAUUGACUGUUCAGUUAUCGCUUAUUUAUGUCUGAAAAGUGAAAUACACUUUAUUAUCUGUAUAAAAGCAGAAAAAUGUAUAAAACUCUAAAUUCAGAGUCCACAAUAGUUCUGCAGCAGCACUGUUUUACAGCUCAGCACUUAGAAAACUGCUAAAAUAUAUGCAAAGUAAAAGAUCAGAUGCGUAUACCCAUAUGUAGCAGCUGCUUAAAAAAAAAACAUAAAUGUAUAAAAGCAGAAAAAUUUAUAAAACUCUAAAUUCAGAGUCCACAAUAGUCCUGCAGCAGCAACACUUUAUUAUCUGUUCUGUGAUACAUGCACAUGCUCUUGAAGUUUUCAAAGUAAGGACUACAUUUUGUGAAAAGUGUAAAGACCUAAAGUGAAUAUGUGGAGAGAAAAAUAAUAAUUCUUAUCUUUUAUUGUAGACAUCAGCAAGUGUCCAUAUAGGUUCUUUGGAUGCCUGAUUAGUAGGGUGCUCUGACCUGUACAGCACACAGUGACCAACUUUCAUGUCAAUUGGCUCCAACCUGCUCUCUAGCUUCAUACACCUCACUACGGGCCACUACUGGCUCACUAGAGUUCAUGGUCCCUGAAAUGCAGCAGGCAAAUUGGAUGCAGUCUAUACUUCAAAUGCUAGUACUGGCAUAAUGGCACACGAUGAGUAGUACAUACUAAUCCAAAAUUGUCCAUGGCAAUAAGAAAUCCAGGGACUGCCACUGUCAACCUUCUUCUCAGAAAGCCACUUGCUUGGCUUCCAUGCUGAUUCUCUGGCUCAGUACUUGUCACUUAGCCAUGCAUGCAGGUCAGUGACUUUGAAAGCACUGAAGUUAGAGGGUCAACAUGGCAUCCAGACAACACAAUUUUAUAAAGAGGUUAGCAAUGGCAAUCUAUGAAUGUCUGCCAAGACAGCUGUCCUGAUAAUGCAUUGCCUGGAAGUUUUUCCCACUGGCCAGGUUUGAAUAAAAAAAGUCAUCAAUAUAUUUGGAUAAAAUAGAUUUGCUACAUUGAUUGACUGAUAAUAACACACAAAAUUGUUCCAUAAAUUUGUGAUAAAUGAAAAUGAGCGUGGUAUUUUGUGAACCAUGAUCCUCCUAUGACUGCUCAGCACGGUGUUGGUAUAUUCUCAAUGACAAAGGAAAAAAGGGGUUAUUUUCUGUAGGCUGUUACAAUAGCUUAGUCGCAUAGUGCCUCGCGCCAUAAAAUUUCCAUUUCAUUCCCACACUGGAAGAUAAAUACAAAAUUUGGUUGGUUACUGUAGGACAUACCUUCCGAAAUGGGAUUUCAUCUGAAUAUUUUAUGCACACAUACAUUUGAUUUAUUAUACACUGAAGCAAUGUUGUCCACAGCAACCAAUUAACCAUUUUCAAUUCCAUUAACCACACUAUAAAAUGACUGGUAAAAUCUGGUUUCUUUCAAUACGGCUAUUUCUUGCCACCGAUUUUCACAGGCCAAGUAUGUUUAUAAAUCAUUUCAAAGUAAAAUGACUAAACAUGCAAUGAAAUUCAACUUUUUAAAAUAGUAAUCAGUUGUAGAAUUUUUAUUUUGCCAUCAAAUGUAUUACAUGUUUGAAAAAUAUUCACGAAAAUAAUUUGACAAAAAAACAAAUUUUUGAGAUUUAUAAUAAUUUCACAUAAUUAAAAAAGACAGGCCCAAUAAACGAAAACACCUACGUGUGAAGAGGUUUCAUAUGAUGACACAAUUUACUAAUGAGGUCAUAUAUCUAUUUGUCUCUUGGAGUUUUGGCAAUACAGAUGUUGCCCUGCUCUUGGGUAAUAUUUGGCACCAAAAGGAAUGAUGCCAUUCGAGGUGUGAAGAACUGGAGGAUGAAAGCUACAUUCAAAUUGGGUGCUUUGAGCAACAUCUCUGUUGUAAUAGUUUUAAUAAAUCAGCUCUCCUGAAUCUUAUAAGACAGGAGAUAAAAGUAGGAUCUGUGUUUGCAUUUCCCACCAUUCUGCAGGAAAAUUUGACAACCUCACACCAGCUAUUUAUGGUUUCCUUUUUUAUUAAUUUAUAAAGUCAGUAAAAAAGACGAAUGGAGAACUAAUGCAUGUCAUGCUCUCUAUGAUUAAAUUAAUUCAUUACAUUUAAUGAAUUAAUAAAGACGGAAAUAGCUGGUUUUUGGUAAUCCGUUUUUCUUGUACAGUGGCUGCCAGCAAAACAGAUGGAUGGGCAUCUGGUUACAGUGGGCAAGCUUGGGCCAAACCGGAGUGACACAUUGUUUUCUUUUGUUACUCUCAUCAUACUACUAUGUGGGAAUAUAGGUCAAAUGUAAAUCAAAAGGAGCUCAUUUGCAGGUCAGAUGCACCUAGCACUACAUUCUGGAUGACUUUAGGAGCAUCCUAAACUGAUAUGAAAAGCAAGCUCAUCGACACAACCCAAAGCCCGUCAACACAAACCUGUUUAGAUUUGGUUUUGCCCAACAUGCUCAUACCUCCCAGCUUUAUGAUGAUAAGAGAGACACCUUUUAGCACAUAUUAUGUAGGCAAAAGACACACGCCUGCCACGGCUGAGGUUAGACGGACCACAAAAUUUAGGAAAUUUAUAGCUAAAACCACACAAGUGCCUUUUUCAUUUCAUUUAAAUGUUCUUGCAAUUUUUUCCUUUCUAUUGGCUUUUCAAAAUAACAAAUGCAGUAACUUAGAGGUUGGAUAAAAAGUUUAGGCAUAACACUUUUGGUAGGAAAAUAGUGCAUUUAAUAUAGAGUUGUACACAUCAGACCAAAAAUAGGGAUAGCUGUGGCUGCACGAUCGGUAGGUCAUUGGUCUGGUAUUCACGCUGUACCAAAUUUCACAAACUCCCCCUUCUGUAUGGGUCACUGUUAUAUAUUAGCUAUCAAACAAAAACUGGAAGAAAAGAGAUGUGAAAUUGCCUCACAGUAAAGCCAACCAGAUGCGUGCUUUUAAUAACUAAUCUGUUCUAUAAAAAAAAUGCAUUGUAUUGUAAAAUAUAAUGUUGUAACUCUGUGUUAGCACAACAAACUAAUAUAGUGUGUAUCGUUUUACCCAAUGAGGUUGAUUUACUGAAGGCAAAUAGACUGCUCACUUUGCAGGAGAAGUUGCAUUUUGCAGGGGAAUUUUCUUCAGAGCUCAGUGAAGGUGAAACUAUGUUGCCUUCCAUCAUCCAAUCAUGUGCAAGGAAAAAAAACUUUUUUUUUAUAUAUUCUUGCACGUGAUUGGGUAUUUUCUGCCCCACAUUCACUAAUUUCGGCCAAAAAUUGCCUUGAAAAGAGCAACUUCCAUUGAAAAGUGAACAACCCAAUUGCUUUUAGUAAAACAACUUCUUUAUGUUUAGUGCUAGCUAAUUAAAGUAAAAGAGCCAUGUUGUGUCAUUUCAGAUGCAUACUUUCACUUCCUUUGUUACCAGUUUAGUGAAUUAAACCUGUCAAGUAUUGAUCUCAUUGUUACUGAUGAUUAUAUAAUCUGUUCUUGCUAUGCAGUGAGUUAACUAAUUCUCUUGGUUGUAUAUUACACUGUUCCAAAAUUUAAUGGUUAUUGUUUAAAAAUAUCUUUCUGUCUAUAAAUAAAUAUAUAUGUAUGUAUGAAA